AUGGGUUACAGUCGUUUUGUUGCCUUCAGCAACUUGUUUAGAUGUCCGGUAGUAUCAGAUGAUAACCCAGAAGAAAACAUUGCUACGUGCAAAAUAAUUGAAGAUAAUUAUAACAUAAACAUUGAACAUAAUGAUAUUUUAACCGUUACUUAUUUGACAAAGAGUGGCGGCUUUCGACAGCUAUACGACAAAGAUCAUAAUCGUGCAUACACACGUCAACAUUACAAAGGGCAAAGCAUUGAAAAGACAGUAGAAUUUAGAUUUGACUUUAUGUCUCCUGUCCAUUGUUCAGAACCUGGUUCUAAAACCACUUGUAGUGCAGCAGAAAAACCUAUCUAUGUUGGAAAAGAUGUAACGCAGAACGAGAUCGACAUAACAUGGAGUGGAUGGUUUGACGCACUAUCUGGUAUUGCCUACUACUACCUAGAAGUUUUUCAUCUGAAACCCAACAUUCAUGGUGAUCUGACAGAGCCCGAGCCUUUAAAGCCAAUUCUUUACUUCAAGACCUUCAAUACAACGUCAGUGGAAUUUCCACAUUUUACUCCACCUCAUUCAGGAAUGUACUCAAUACUUCUUCAAGCGUCUGACAAGGCGAACAACUCCAAAAUUGCAAGAAGAUUGGUUCUGUAUGACAACGAAUCAACACUAUCUUUAACAAAGCCUGGCAUGCUGUUAGGAAAUGCAAUAAACGCUUCAGACAUGUACAUCGGUGACGGAGGAAUACAUGUUAGUACUGCUGUGCUGGAAACAGGGUUCCUCUGGCAGACGACCAAGAAUGGAAAAAAGACACCCAUCGUCUUAGACUGGAAAAAUCAUUUCGUGAUCAAGAUGUAUGAAGAAGGAAAACUUCUUAAUAAAGUUCUUCCGUAUCCUACGCAAUUUGUCAAUCUGGAAGAUGAUGGAAUACUCAGAAGUAAAAAAUAUGUAUCAAUGGACGACAAUGAGGGAAUGAGGACCGUAAAUGCCAUUCCGAAUAUACACGGUAUAGUCAAAUUUGAAACUAAGAAAGUGUACACAGACGAUAGACGGGUUCCUGUAUCGGGGUGGGAGGCGCAUAGUUUAUCUGAACGUUACGAAGUGAAUGAGAUGCUACAUGAUGGAAGUUUUGUCAGGUUUUGGGUUCGGGCUACCGACAUUAUGAAACAUACGUUAGCCGACUACACUGAAGUCCACAUUGAUAACACUCCGCCAAGGGUAGCUGGUGUGAAUUUUCAUGAAAACCUAGUAAAUGGUACACAUAAUCACACAUCUAGAAUCACCUUCGUGGCAUCUGACGAUGGGAGUGGUGUUCAUUGGAUAGAAUACAGUUUCUUUGUUUCAAACAGUACCAUCGCACUUGAGAAAGGGGCCAUGCCAGCCAGUCGGAAUAAUGCAACGAGGGCAUGUAUUCAAGAUCCUAUGUGUAACUGUGUACUAGAAACGUGUUUUCUUAGAGAACAAACACUUGAUUUUGAUAACUGCCGGUUUCUUGUGCCGAAAGAGGAUUUGAACAAAUCAGCUAGAAUAGAAGUCAAUGUUUACAACCAGGCUCUACUUUAUGACACGUUCACAGUAAAUAUAAGACGUCUUACAGAUUUGGGUGGUCUAGAGGAAUAUUCCGGUCCGACAAAUAUUCAUAUAGAAAAGAAUCUUGCAACCGGCGUACGACUUGUUUGGGACUUACCUAAGAAAGCGUCUUGUUACGGUAGAGCUGACAUUGAUGUGGUGGUGGUAGAUUCAGGUGGAAGAGUAAAAGUAAUACAUGUUCACAAUGAAGGAACGUUUAUUGACCUUGUCGGACUUGAGCCAGACAAUGACUACAGCAUUUCUCUUAAACUCGGGUACAGAGGCACAGAACUUGCAGCCCAGCCUUACAAGUUUCAAACUGCUCCUAAACAGAAUUAUCUUGAAGGGAGUGUGAUCGCAGGUAUUGUUGCUAGUGCAGUAGCAGUAAUUGGCAUUAUCAUUUCAAUAGUUGUGGUUUCGUAUCGGCGAAGACGAAUGCAAACUGAGAAAGGUGGUUUGAAAGCUAUGUCUUUUAAAUACAUAGACGCGGUAGAUGCUAUAAACAUAGGAGAGAAGCAAAACAACUCUGAAAUGUAG